AUGAAAGGAAUCUGCAACGAUGGGACCAACGACAGCAACGAUAAUAGAUAUAAUAGACAGCAUUCUGACAUCUUAUCUCUCGUACUGCAAGAGCAUGAUACUAUAAAAUUAAUGGGAACGGAUGCAUCGAAUAACACUGAAAAUGUGUCAACGCCCAUAACAGAACAAAAAAGUGAAGAACUGAUCAAAGAGAAAAACAUUGUUGAUCAUGAGCUAUUACUAAAUACAACAGCCAUACCACCGCUUACGACUUCACAUUUGCCACGUAUUUUUGAAGAAAAAGUUGAGAUGACAACAAUUCAAACAAUGUUAGUGAAUAACGGACAGGAUCCUAGCAGCAGCGUAAACGAAGUAUUGGAACCAAUUAUUCAAUUAAUUGGAAGUGAAAUAUUAAAAGGAGUGGACAAAUUGCCAGAAUUUAUUCAAACUCUCUUCUAUGCUCAUAAUCAAAUUAUAACACUAGCAAUUAUAACGAUGAACGAUGCUGGUGACAAAAGGCCACAUGAAGAUGCAAUUGCUCCUGCGCCCGCUGCUGCCGCUGGAACUUCUCCUAUUGCUACGCUUGCAGCCACAGUAGUGUUUUUUACAAUUAUUAAUGUUGUUAUAACACUAACAAUUAUAACGAUGAACGAUGCUGGUGACAAAAGGCCACAUGAAGAUGCAACUGCACCUACACCAGCUGUUGCCGAUGCAAUUGCUCCUGCGCCCGUGGCUACUGCUGAAACUUCUCCUAUUGCUACGCUUGCAGCCACAGUAGUGGUACCACCUGUACUAAUAGCACAAAUAACCUCGGGUGCUAAAGAAGCUACUGUAGCCAAAACUGCAGGCGCUACCAAAGCUACAAUUCCAAGCACAAUCAAUGCAGCUCCACCAGCCACGACAACCCCGGGUAUAAUUGAUGGAAGAAAUGUUAUAAAUUUCAUGGAGGCUGUAAACGGGUCCAAACAAUUUGAUGCUAAUGAAAUUACAUCAGAUGACGCAUUUUCGAAAGAAAUUUAA